AUGCCAAGAAAACAAGAAAGCACAGCAGUGCGGCUACACCUUCUUUGGUGUGUGAAUCACCUAGUCUUGUUCCCUUAUCAACACCUUCUCUCCGCUCUUCGGUCAUCCGUUUGCUGUUGCCAUUUGCCGCGUGUUGGCACGCAACCCACACUUACACUGUAUGUAGUCCCCUUACAUUGGUACGACGAGUACGACCACAUCGGCUACGACCGGAGCGGGAGCAAGGUGAUGAAGAGGGCCGACGGUACCGGGAACGGAAUCGAUGCCGCCCUCAACGCAAGGGACGACCCCAACUACGCCAGGACCGUGUACGACGCCUACAACGACCGCGAGGUGACCCUGACAGACCGAGAGCUGGAGGUGAUCCGCCGCAUCCAGGCCGGCGCCUUCCCGCACCCAGAGUUCCAGGCGUACCCAGACUACGUCGACUACUUCACACACGAGAAGCAGGUCAUGCCACUAGAGGGAGGAGAUGAACCCAAGCGUCGAUUCAUCCCGAGCAAGUGGGAGAUGAUGAAAGUGCACCAGCUGAUGAAGGGUAUUAGGGAGGGGCGCAUCGUCGUUAACCCCAAGAAGAAGGUGGAGGAAGACAGCUACGCCAUCUGGAAGGACGAUGACGACAUCCCAGAAAAGCACCGAGGGCCGAUGCACAUCCCUGCGCCUAAGAUCCCCCUGCCUGGACACGCGGAGAGCUACAGGCCGCCGAAGGAGUACUUGCUGACGGAGGAGGAGCAGAAGCAGUGGGAGGAGAUGGAUCCAUCGGAGAGGCCAACUAACUUCAUCCCAAAGAGCUUCGAUUCCCUUCGAGAGGUCGGUGCUUACGGGGGGUUCGUCAAGGAACGCUUCGAGCGAUGCCUGGACCUCUACCUCUGUCCGCGGGCCUUCAAGCGGCGUCUCAACAUCGACCCGGAGUCACUGGUUCCUCGCCUGCCGCGACCGAGAGAGCUCAAACCCUUCCCGAACGCCCUGUGCGUAGAGUACAAGGGGCAUGCGGCGAGCGUCCGGUGCAUCGCGUGCAGCGGAGACGGGCAGUGGAUGGCGACUGGGGACGACAACGGGUUGCUUAUUGUGUGGGAGGUGGACACGGCGCGGGCGGCGCAACGGUUCGAUUUGUCCGGGUACGGUGGCAUCGGUGCCAUGGAGGGGGUGGUGGGGAACAAGGGUGCUCCCGUGAAGUGGGAGGCGUUGGUGUCGGCGACGGUGAAGGGCAAGGGGAGGAGGAGGGCGGCGGGGGCAGAGGGCAGUGACGGAGAGGUCGGGCCGAGAGUGGUCUUGAGAUGCGAGCGAGAGGUUUGCUGUGUAACCUGGCACGGAAAGGGUGACUACCUCGCCUCCGUUUCUAGGGGAGAGGACCGUCGAGCAGUCAUGAUUCACCAGGUCUCCAAGGCCUCGACGCAAUGCCCCUUCAGAAAAACCAAGGGAGAAGUGCAGUGCGUUAAGUUCCACGUGUCGAAGCCCUUCCUCUUCGUGGCGACCAAGCAGCAAGUCAGGAUCUACCACCUCAUCAAACAGAUGCUGGUGAAGAAGCUCAUCAGCGGGUGCAAGUGGAUAAGCUGCAUCGACGUCCACCCUUCCGGCGACCACCUGAUCGUGGGAAGCUACGACAGGAGGGUGGCGUGGUUCGACCUGGACCUUGCCAGCACUCCUUACAAGACUCUCAAGUACCACACCAAGGCGGUACGGGCAGCGCAGUUCCACCGGCACUACCCGCUAAUGGCCUCGGCCAGCGACGACGGCAGCGUCCACGUCUUCCACGCCACUGUCUACUCGGACCUUCUCAGGAAUCCCCUUGUGGUACCGCUCAAGAUUCUCAGGGGGCACGAGGUAACGGGCGGCCUCGGGGUUAUGGCUCUGGUGUUCCACCCUCGUCAACCUUGGGUCUUCACCGCCGGCGCAGAUGGCGCCGUCCGCCUCUUCCAAGACGUCUGAUGCCACACACCGCGAACACGCCGCCAGUGCCUGCAAGUAGUUUGUUUCUACUUGGGCGUGGUCAUUUGCCCGAAGAGGUCUUCCAAGAGAUAUCUAUCUAUUAGUAUGCCUCCCUGAAGCCCCGAGGAUGCUGUUGCAACUAUUUCUCCGUCGGGUCAGCUCGCUUGCCCGAGAAAAGCAGAACGACCACGUCAUAUCGCAAGUCUCAUAUGGGUGGUGUGAAGUGCUGAAGCUGACGCUGUUACCCGUUGCGAAUAAACUCGGGCCUGUUGCCCGCGGCGAGACGGCUGGCGGAUCCGCUCCGCGCUGGUACGUAGUUGGUGCUGUUUCGGGUGAACUUGCGUGGUUUCCCAUUUGCUGACUGGUUUGACGAUGGGGGGGGGCUUCGUAGAUUGGAGGGCAUUGGGAU